AUGGAACCUAGAGUGGACUCUGCUUCGUCGAGCGAACAGGAUCCCGCUAAUGCCACUACCGUUGCCGCAGCAGACCUCACCGCCACUACGAUCGUUGAUGUUGUCACUACCGAACCGGUCAUUUCGCCUGAAGCAAAGAAAUACGGUUUUAUCGAGAAACUUCGGUUGUUAAGGAGUCGCCGACUUGUACUGUUAGUUGAUCUCGAUCAAACGUUGAUCCAUACGACAAAUGAAGAUAUUCCGCCGACGAUGAAAAAUGUGAUGCAUUUUCAACUGGACGGACCGACAUGGUAUCACAUGCGUAUGCGGCCUCAUACUCUUGAGUUUCUGCACUCUGUUUCCCAGAAGUUUGAACUGCACAUUUGCUCGUUUGGCGCCCGCAUGUACGCUCAUACCGUGGCGCGGAUGAUGGAUCCUGACGGUGCGCUAUUUGGCCUUAGAAUCUUGUCAAGAGACGAAUGCUUCGACCCAUUUCUGAAGACUGCUAAUUUAAAAGCCUUGUUUCCAUGUGGCGAUCAUCUUGUUUGCAUAAUUGACGAUCGUGAGGACGUGUGGAAUUUUGCAUCGAACGUUGUCCAUGUCAAACCAUACAGAUUUUUUAAGCAUACGGGUGAUAUUAACGCUCCUCCAGGAUUUACAAAAGCUGAUCGUAACGAAGAGAAUAAUGUUGAGGCGAAUGACAAAAGUACUCCAGAGAGAAACAAAAAGGAAGUCGGCGAUGUUUCAGAGCCUGCUUUGCGACCUAGUUCCAGCGCUGUCAUCUCUAAGUCUCCAACAAAGGAAGCCACGUCUGCCGAAAUCGUCGAUGACGACAACUAUUUGAAAAGUCUUGAGAAAAUUUUGUUUAGAAUUCAUGAUGCCUUCUAUCAAAUGUAUGAUCAAAUGCCUGACGAAGAAAGGCCUCCAUGCUUGCAUUCUAUCAUUCCGUACGUGAAAUUGAAGGUGCUUAAGGGCGUGAACCUUGUUUUCAGCGGUAUUAUUCCAACGCAUGUUAAACCAGAGACGACGCAGAUAUUCAAGGUCGCUGAGGCGUUUGGGGCUCAGAUACAAAAUCAGAUAGUGAGCACCUCUGACAGCAAGGACCCUUCCAAGUGGACUACUCAUCUGGUUGCUUGCAAAUGGGGCACUGAGAAGGUGCUGCAAGCCUACGAUCUUGACCACGUUCAUAUCGUUAUUCCAGAAUGGUUGUGGUCAUGCGCUGAGCGCUGGACUAAAGUCGACCCUGAACCUUUUUGUCUCACCCCGCCAAACAGCCGCUCGAAACUCGUAAAACGAUCGCCUGUUGACCGCAGUUCCUGUAUCGUCGAAAAGCUAGCGAACGAUAAAAUGGACUUUUCUCCAUCGGCCGUUCAUAACGGUCGUCGCAGAGUUGCAGAUGCUGACCUGGAGGAAACUGAAGACGUGACUUAUUCCGCAGAGAAUUCUUCACUCGCCUAUAACUUAGAACCGGCGAGGAAACGCCCAGCAAUCAACUCUUCUGUCCAGGCUGAAGUACCUCGAAGCUCAAAUCGGUUUGAGCAAGUUUCUGUGAAUGACUCCGAUAUUUCGUCGAGUUCAGCUGAAAGCGAGGACGAUAUUUCUACAGACGAAAUUGUGGAUGACCUCGAACGGUGCAUAGCAGAAUGA